AUUUACAUUAUUUACUGGUAAAAAAAUUUUGAUUUUAAGCAAAUUUUAUAUUGUUUUUCAAAAUGGGACGUGGAGCAUUUGUGGUAUUAGAAGGUUGUGAUAAAAGCGGAAAAUCGACUCAAUGCCGACUGCUAGUUGAUUAUUUGAACAGUCUCGGCAAAAAAACUGAGCUUUGGAGAUUUCCGGAAAGAUCAACUGCUAUUGGUCAAAUAAUAAAUGGUUAUAUUACCAAAAAAAAUGAGCUUCAUGAUAAAGCAGUUCAUUUGAUGUUUUCAGCUAAUCGAUGGGAAUUAGUUCCUUUAAUAAAAGAAAAUAUUGCCAGUGGGGUGACAUUAGUUGUAGACAGAUAUGCUUAUUCUGGUGUUGCAUUUACUUCUGCAAAGGGUUAUGAUAUGCUUUGGUGUAAAAAUUGUGACAUAGGUCUUCCCCGACCUGAUGCAGUAUACUAUAUGAAUAUUGAUAUUGAAGAUGCAUCGGUUAGAGGAGACUAUGGUUGUGAGAGGUAUGAGGUUUCUGAUUUUCAGAAAAAAGUGCAAGAGUGUUUUCAAAAUUUAAAAGAGCCAUCAUGGAAUGUCAUAGAUGCCAGAGAAUCGAUUGACUGCAUACAUAAAACCUUGUGUGAAAGUGUUUUAAAAACUAUAGCAGAAUGUGAAAACACUCUUCUUUCUGAAGACCUGUUUAUGUAAUGAUUUGUUGAUUACUCUAAAGAUAAUUGAAAUUUGCAGUGUUAUGGCUGAAGGUACUAAAUUUGUGAAUGAAGUGCGUGCAACUUUCCAAACUUUCUCGCUGAUCCUUUAAAUUAGAAUGUCAUAUUAAAGCCAAUAUUUACAUAUUAUUUAUUAUCGAACCAUAAGUUUAUUUAAAACACAAUAUUUAUUAGUAUAUUUUGUAUUUUUUUAAGUUAAUCAAAAUAUAUUCAGACGUAAUCUGUGUUUAGUUAAUUAUUUGGUAUUUAAAUUUUGUUAAAGGUUUUUUUAAAAAUAAGUUAUUUAGAUGAAAUGUGUUAUUUUUAUGUUGCGUGACACUUGCUUUUAUUUGACUUUUUAUUUUCUUUACUAUUUGAAAAUGUUUUUGGGCUAUUCCAUAUGAAAUCACCUAGUUUUUCAAAAAUGUCCCAGGGAAGCACCUCAAGCUUGCUUCAAAUUUUGACCACCCACAACUUUUAUAAAAAAAAAAACACACACAAUCCUAAAAUUUAAGCUUUAUUGCCCAAACUGUUCAAAAGUUAUAAUUGAAUUGAUAUUGCCUAAAAUUAGAAAAAUUUAAUAUGUGGAGCUUACGUUAGAUUUUCAUUAUUAACAGAUCAUAACUUUUUAAAUAAAAAAGAUGAAUACCUGAAAUUUUGUACAGUAAUAGUUUUUCACGCAAAUAAUUUAUUUUUGCAGUUCAGGCUUGUGCUUGAGAUUUAUAAUGAAAAGCUGUUAAGGUGAAAUUAAUGCAUAGAAACAAAUUAAAUUUGAAAUAAACUGUUGAUGCAGUGUUGACUUCCAUUUGACAAAGUAAUAUGUCAAAUAAGUGCUCUAUCCAUUAAGGGUAGAAGUGCUUGUGACUACAAUCUAAUAAUGAUUAACAGAGAUUUAGCAGAGAUAAAGAAAUUAGUGUACUUGUGUUUCAUGUGUGUAAAAACUUCUUUCAGCAUUGUUUUACUUUUUAUUUUUAUUUUUUUGCAAUAUAACUUGCAUUAUUUUUUAGGUCUCCUUUUAAAUUAAAAAAGCAUCACACUCCAAAGGCUAAAAUUGUCAUAAGGUAGAUGAUUUAAAUUUUUUUCGGUGAUUGUCUAUACAAAGGACCUCCCCAGUAAGAAGUUUCAUAAUCUAUUUCAUCUGUUUAUGCUAUUUUCUAUGCUUGCAAAAUAAAAAUAAUUUAUAAUAUUUAAAAAAUAUAUAUAUUUUACUGCAAGUGUUAAACUAACUCAUAAUUUUAAUUUUUACCACGUGGUCACUCUAAGUACACAAAAGUUGAAAAAAAAAUUGGUACUGUCUGGCUGUAAGUAUUAAAGUUUCUAAAGAUUUUCUUAUUAUUGCACUAUUUAGUAACAUUAGUGUAUAAUAACUAUAUAUAUAUAUUUAUAUAAAUCUACUGUAAGCUCCAGGUACUCAAAUUUUUCUGAUUUGGGUUAAUAUUAAAUCAAUUAUAACUUUUUAAUGGAUUGGUCAAUCAAGCUAAAAUUUUCAGGAUUGUUUUUUAUUUAAUGAAAACUGUGGGUGGUCAAAAUUCGAAACAAGUUUGAGGUGGUACCUUGCGAACCAUUAGGCAAUUCAAUAAUGACCCUUUUUUCUUUUUUAUUAUAAAGUUUUUGUAUAUUUAUUUGUUAAUGUUUGUGAUUUUUUUAAAGAUGAAGUUUAUAAAAAAAGCAUGAUUCUGCAGAAAUGGAUAGUGAGAAGGUCUCCUUUAAGCAUACAUUACUUCAGAAAUUCUUCUUAUAGAUUAUUUAGUGGAAAUAGUAUAUUUUGCAGAACAACAGAAAAAAAUAGUUGUAAACUCUUAUCUAGUUUGCAUUAUCCUGUUAAACUUAAUCUUGAUCAAUUUCAUAGAACUAGUAUUAACCAAAAUGAAAACAAUGAAAAAAUCAGGCAUUCAAUUACCAUUAUCAACCCUUUUAAAUAUAUCUCUCUUAAAAUUAAAAUCUUUUUAAUGCGCUCGUUCUUUGAUGAAAACUUCAAUGAAAAAGAAUUUUUGGCUGGAGCAAAACAGGCAAUAUUUUUCGUAAGCGAGCAUAUAGCAGAAGGAAGAUUUUCAGAAAUGAAUGAGCUUUGUACAAAAGAGGGUAUCGCAGAUGCAAAAGCAAUGUAUGAGAAGUUUGAAAACAAAAGCGAUCAAAUACUAGUGAAAGAAUCCGAACUACUUAACCUAUCAUUUAGUGAUCUUGAUUUUGAAUACGAAUCUAAUGGUCAAAAGUUUGUUUAUGCACAUGUAGUAUACUAUUGUCUGACUGCAGAUAAAAUAACAAAAUCAUUUGGCAAUAUUGGUGUAGAAAUAGCACCUCUCAGGAUCUUCACUUACUCUUUCCGGCGAGAAUACACUCCUGGUAUCAACGGAGAUUGGCUAGUUGAUCAAUUGGAUCUCAAUAUACAAUCACUUCCGUCCUUUUAAAGUUUACAGAUUUUAUGAAUUUAAAAGGUUUUGUGAUACUAGUUUAGUCCGUUAAUGUUUGACUUUUUACGGCUUUUUUACUGUUAUAUACGAAGUAACUAGCGUAUUAAGUUUUCUUUUUGUGUUUUUUUUUUUUUCUGUUGUCGCAAUAGUGAUUUUAUGUAGCGUUUUUUGUUUUGUAAAAAUAUAUUUUUGAAAACCGAAGUACAGUACAUUUUUGCGUACAAGAGGGUCGCAUAUGUAAAGUUAUAAUUAGGGAGAGAUGAGUUAGGAAAAGAGCCUUUUUUCAGAAGUUUGCAAUUCAUGCUAACAAUAAAUUUAUAUAUACUUUUUUUA